GUCGUCCAUCGUGUCGGCUGAAAGGGAUAUAUAAUGGAAAAUUCACUUUUUAUUGUUUGUAUACAAAUAGUUGGGUCUGAAAUGUGUGAAAUUACGCAGCCAAGUAAAUAUUUUGUCUUCUGCCUAUUUCUGAAAAUGUAUCUGUGAGCAAGCAGUUCUACUAAUUUACAUAAUAACACCCCCACACAAGUUUUUCUGCCAUGACAUAAUCUACUAGGCUGGUAGAAGAUCCAGAGCAACUUUCAAGUGACGGCCAGCGCCUUGCUACUGGGCUACACGGAAGCACCAUCAUGUCAAAGCCAAGCAAAUACUCAAAUGCCGUUUAACCAUGUUAGUCGUGCAACCUCCUUUGCACGACAAUUUUAAAAAAAGUGUUGCACUUAGCCGACUGGCCGUUUAUUUUAACAAAGUUAAGCCACAUUUUCGAUCGCUGUUGCGCGCACACACUCAGUGCUGGUUCUUCUUCGUUGGUGGGUGGCGGACUGGACAUCAAAACUACGAACCAACAUUUUGUAAAUGUGAACAAUUCCGGGAGAAUGAGAACGUUAGGUCUCGGUUCAAAAUGAUUCUCGAAACUCGAUGCUCAGCCCUAAAUAGGAAAGAUCGUGUCAAAGUGAUUUCAGAGUAAAAACAGCACGAUGUUUUGGCAGUGUUGUAGGCUUUAGUGAAAAAGAAAAAGCAUGGAGAAACUUGAAGAAGCCUGAAAAAGACUUUGACGUCUCCAAAUAGCUGUAGCUCAUGGAGGUGCCUGAAUUCUCAGAGCUCCUGCCGUGUCUUUGUCAAUGAAUGAACCCAUUCCCUUUUUCUUGUUGCACCUCAUCAUCUCCUCUACCUCCUCAGUAAAUGUAAAGCCAGGGCUGCAGCCUACUUCACAUCCAAACAAGGAGAAAAAUGCACCAUGCUACUUCUGUUUGAGCGCUUAGCAACCAGCAACAAACAGGGCAAACUUUAGCCGGGCCACCGUCCCCCCUGUGCCCUACCCCGCGGUGAACGCCGUGCAAAACAAGUGCAGUGUGAAAGCUGCAUUAGUCAUGCCAUUCCAACUCAGCCGCUAGUUGUCAUGGUAAUGACCUCCACACUUUCCAUUGGCCCAGUAUUAUGAGGGCUGGCUCACUUGCAUGAAGCCACCCUCUCAAACGGCCUAGUUUCAGCAAGACAAUAAAUAGGGUGUGUGCAGUUUGUUAUAAUUCUUGACCCUUGGAAUAUUUUGUUGAAAAGACAUGGAAAUAAUUUUCAAUUGUAUAAGAAAAGAUAUGUCACCUUUAAGGCUGACUUUACACAGGAUGUUCACAAACUCCCUAUACAAUUUUAUACAGUACUUCAUAGUUACCAAACUUAAAGAAAACCUUCAAUCAAGUCAGUCGUCAACCUUCACACAUGUAUAAAAAAAUGGCUGAUGGACACUGUGGUCUAUGAAUAUUUCACCAAGUGGAAUGAGAAAAUCAAUUUACUGUAUACUUACUCCUUUUAGGCAAUGUCUCACCUCACUUGUGAAGGAGAAGGAACUAAAACAUAUAUAAAUGCAUUUAGUAAACAGCAUCAAACUCACUGACAGUGUUCUAAAAGUUUCUUGAACUAAACUUGUCCCAGAGACUCCGAUUGUUGCAGGAGAUUGUUGCCAAGGCAACGUGCUUGCCUGUUCUCCCUGCCAUCUUUUUCUCCGACAUCGCGAGACUACACUGCACAUCCAUUGCCUCUCUGUUUGUUCUCGCGAGAGUUGCGGUGUGCCCUGGGAGCCGGGUGACCUCAUCGAUGGCGAGAGGCGGAGCGAAUCGCUUGCAACUUUUGAUGAACUUCUGAUUUGAACAAACCAGAGGCGGCAGGCGCACUGCACGACACACACACACACGCACACACACACAUAUAUAUGAAAAAACAAAAAAGGGACGCUUUUGACUCGACAACCUCUCAUACUCUGCAUGUUUUUUUUUUGCUUUUUUUUUUUUUUUUUUACUGAACGUCAGCGACUGCCCGGGGAGGGUGCGAAUUUGUUCCUUUACCACGCCACGAACGAAGGAAAAGGUGGACAUGAGAAGGUGCCGUGAAUGAAAAGAACCAAAUGUAUCUUUAAGGCCUCAUCACAUCUGUGGACAUUAUGUUAAAGCCCAUCUAACCUCAGUUGCUCCUCUACACUCCCAUCCCCUUAACCCCAUCGUCAUAAUGACCAGUCUCAAGCGUUCCCAGACAGAGCGUUCUGUUGGAGGCUCAGUGCCAGCUACUGAUGAGUUCUAUACUCGCCGUUUGCGUUUGCCCAAUGGAGGGGCACCACCGCCCCGUAGUGAGAGCGCACACAUUUCUUCCUCCUCCACCACUGGCACCAACCCCGGAGUCCCUAAGAUGGGAGUUCGAGCUCGAGUGGCUGACUGGCCCCCUAGAAAAGACGGGGGAGGAGGAGCUGUAUGGCAUAUCACAGUGGAAACCGACUCACCCAGCUCCACCACCACUAGCUCUUCUGGAUCAGGAAGUGGAGAUCGAGAAAGACUUGUGGGAAGCGGCGGUGGCGGUGGCAGUGGUAGUGGAGGAGGGGUCUCAGCCGUCACAGCCCACAGCAAUUUGUCGGCCAAGCUGGGGCACCUAAUCAGCCCCCAGGACUCGUCCAUGCUCCGCAAUAUCCAGAACACACUGAAGAACAAGAUGCAAAUGAAGGGAAAGGACAACCGUUUUUUGUCACCCGAUGGCUAUCUUGGGUCGCCUCGUAAGAGUAUGAGACGCAUCCGACAGCGGAGUAACAGUGAUAUAACAAUUAGUGAACUGGACGUGGAUGGUAAUGAGGGCUGGUCUUUCUCCGGGUGGACUCCCAUGCACCGAGAGUACGGCAGCACUUCAUCCAUAGAUAAACAUGGGGUCUCAGGGGAGAGUUUUUUUGACAUGCUUAAAGGAUAUCAGUCUUCUGAGGCCCCUGAUCAACGAAGUCCUGCACCAGAAAGGUUGACAGAGCUGCUUACUGUCGCACCUGUGAAACAAACUGCCCUGGAUUUGCCCGAUGGCUCCUUGGGACCAGCUAGGGGUAGUCCUGCCAGUCGUCUUAAAGAACGAGAGAAGCACUUGAAAAGAAGGUCAAAGUCGGAGACAGGCGGAGAGUCAAUAUUCCGUAAGUUGCGCAGUGUGAAGGUAGAAGGUGACGCUUCAAGAGCUGGGUCAGAUGCUGAGGAUGGAGGAAAAGGAGAUGAGAGUUUACCGCCUCCUAAACCUUGGAUGUGCCAAAAAGGCUUUGCCCAUUUUGAUAUCAACUCAUUACUCUUUGACCUCAAUGAGGCCAUCCAAAGCCGGCAGUCAGGAGCCAAACGCAAGAACACCACUACGGGUGCCUCAGCUGCUGCUGCUGCUUCUGCUUCGGCCACAUCAUCCCUCUCCUCAAGUCAAAGUGUAGUGUAUGUAUCACCCUGUGGCUCACAAGAGGAGCUGAGCAAGGAGGGGAUAGGAGGACAUGGGGCCAACCCGGCCUUGGACCCAGGCGACGACAAGAGCAACGAUCUUGUGCUCAGCUGCCCAUGUUUCAGGAAUGAGAUUGGUGGAGAAGGUGAGAGAAACGUCGCUCCAGCUAAACAGCAGGGCAGCAUUGGCAGCGGUGGGAGCUCAAGCAAUUCUACUGGUAGUCCAGAAGAAGGACCAUUAGAGGCUACCCUCACAAGUCAUUUUACCAAUGCAGGUGUAGCAGUCCUGGAGGCCACAAAAGAUGGCCCAAGUCAACAUGCCGACCGGUCCAAAAGAUAUAUCGUGGAACAUGUUGACCUCGGAGCCUAUUACUAUCGAAAGUACUUUUACCUCCGAGAACACUGGAACUACCUCGGGUUGGACGAGAACUUAGGCCCUGUGGCAGUAAGUCUCAGGAGGGAGAAGCUGGAGGAACACAAGGAGCAUGGUCAGCAGUACAACUACAGGGUCAUUUUUAGAACGAGUGAGUUAAACACCCUGCGUGGUUCCAUCUUAGAGGAUGCAGUACCUUCCACAUCGAAACAUGGUUUGGCAAGAGGCCUGCCCCUCAAAGAGGUGCUUGAGUACCUGGUGCCAGAGCUGAAUGUUCACUGCCUGCGUCUGGCACUUAACACUCCCAAGGUCACUGAGCAAUUGAUGAAGCUGGAUGAGCAGGGGCUGAGUUUCCAGCGGAAAGUGGGAGUGAUGUACUGCAUGGCAGGCCAGAGCAGCGAAGAAGAAAUGUAUAACAACGAAUCAGCUGGUCUAGCACUGGAGGAGUUUCUCCAUCUUCUUGGGGAGAGGGUUCGACUCAAAGGCUUUUCCAAGUACCGGGCCCAGCUGGAUGCCAAAACUGACUCAACUGGCACUCACUCUUUGUAUACGACUCACAAGGAUUACGAGAUCAUGUUCCAUGUGUCAACCAUGCUUCCCUAUACGCCCAACAAUAAACAGCAAUUGCUGCGGAAGCGCCACAUUGGGAAUGACAUCGUCACCAUUGUAUUCCAGGAGCCUGGAGCGCUCCCCUUCACCCCCAAAAACAUCCGUUCACACUUCCAACAUGUCUUUGUGGUUGUCCGGGCACACAACCCUUGUUCAGAUAAUACCUCUUACAGUGUGGCAGUCACCCGUUCUAAAGACAUGCCUUCAUUUGGACCACCUAUCCCGGAGGGCGUGACCUUCCCUAAGUCCUCUGUGUUCCGGGACUUCCUUCUUGCCAAGGUCAUCAAUGCAGAGAACGCUGCCCACAAGUCUCACAAGUUCCGCGCCAUGGCCACACGAACACGCCAAGAGUACCUGCGCGACCUGGCCGAGCGGCACACCACUAGCACGCCCAUCGACCCGUCUGGGAAGUUCCCCUUUAUCUCACUGGCCCACAAAAAGAAGGAGAAGAGCCGACCGUAUGCGGGGGCUGAGAUGCGCAGCCUUGGGGCGAUUACCUGGCUCGUCCAUGCAGAAGAUCCAGGGACUGGAGGAGAGAUAGAUGCCGUCCUCGCUAUCUCCAAUGAUUUCCUCCUACUGUUGGACCACGAUGCUAAAGCUGUGGUCUUCAACUGUGCUACCAAAGAUGUGAUUGGCUGGACGCUGAGCAGCCCGGCAUCUUUACGGAUUUUCUACGAGCGGGGAGAAAGUGUGUCGCUAAGGAGUAUCAGUAAUAACACAGAAGAUUUCAAAGAGGUGCUCAAGCGUCUAGAGUUCCUGACAAAAGGCUGUGAGACAUCUGAAAUGACACUCCGUCGAAAUGGCCUUGGACAGCUCGGCUUCCAUGUAAACUACGAAGGCAUCGUUGCUGAGGUGGAGCCGUACGGCUACGCGUGGCAGGCAGGACUUCGCCAGGGAAGUCGCUUGGUAGAAAUCUGCAAAGUUGCAGUCGCGACACUGACUCACGAGCAAAUGAUUGACCUGCUGCGCACCUCGGUGACCGUGCGUGUUUCCAUCAUCCCACCGCACGAUGAUGCCACGCCGCGCAGGGGCUGUUCAGAGCUCUAUCGCAUGCCUAUGGCGGACUACAAGAGCAGCAGUAAUGAUAGCGGCUCCUUUGAAUACAAGUUCCCCUUCCGCAGCAACAACAACAAGUGGCAGAGGACAUCCAGUAGCCCCCAGCAGUCACUGACUGCCUCGCCACAGCCCCACACGCCCAACAGGGCCAUCAGCCUGGGGAGCUCAGUGGGGAAGACCUUGUCGGCUGAGAGGCUGGAGAGAGGCGCAGUCAUCCCACGCAGUGUCAGCAGUGAUGGUCGCCCACUGGACACCAAGAGGAUAUCUCCAGGCAGCGAGAGCUACAGCCUGGCCUCCUCUCUGGCUCUGGGGCGCGCUCCUCACAAUCGCAGCUCGCCCAGUAACCUGUCGUGUUCCAGCGACGCCUCCGGCAGCUCGGCUCACUGGAGACAGAAGUCCAUGCCUGAGCAGUUUGCAGGGACUCGCCACUCUCCGAUGUCCAAUGAGAGACAGGUUGUUGGAGAGGGCGGUUCAAGUGGAAAGUCCACCCCCAAUUGGUCCCGAAUGGAAGAAGGAGCGAUUGAACGAGGGUCAACAGAGGCACCAGUCUCUAAAUCUGGUCAGGGCUACUCUGGAGGACCUCGCAUUCAAAGACAGGAGCAGGUCAUCCAUCUGUCCCCAAAGAAAAACAGUCAGUCGGACGGCCCUUACUCUGGCCACUCCAGCAGUAAUACUCUUUCAAGCACAGCUUCCAGCGGGGGCCACAGUGACAGUGAUAAAUGGUACGAAAUGGGGGCCGGUGGAGGCUCCAGCGGGGACCAAGGGGAGCCAGAGCCCAACGGCCUGGGAGGCGGAGGCUACCUCCAGGGCGCCUCGGCCGACAGCGGCAUCGACACCAGCUCGUACGGUGCCUCGCACCACAACCACCCGCACUCUCAUCACGGCAGCGCCACCUCCCUGCUCGCUCCCAGUGGAAGUCGAGAGAGCAGGGAGCGGUCGCCGUGGCACAGCCCCACUGAGGGUGGACGGAGAAUACUGGAGAGGUCGCCCGCAGCUUCUGAGUCCCCAGUUCCUCCAGUAGAAAGGAGCCUAGAUAGCACUGGUCGAACUCCUCCUACUCAUCUCCUCGUUCGAGACAGCAGCACCUUCGGUCUGAGUGAUGGUGGAUCUCACUCAAGACACAGUUCCCCUCGGGAAGAGUCCUCCUCAACCACUUCCCCAUCAUCUCAGUCUUCGGUGUCUCCUGGACCAAAGAGCUUUUACCCUCGCCAGGGAGCUCAGUCCAAGUACCUGAUAGGCUGGAGGAAGCCUGGUUCCACCAUCAAUUCGGUUGACUUCGGAGACACACGCAAGAAAUCGCCAGGGGAGAGUGGGUUGGAGGUUAUGCCAACGCCUGCAGCCAGGCCCUCUUUAAGGGACAUGCACUCUCCACAGGGCCAUGCUAAGUCUACGAUUGAAGAAGACGUGAAGAGGCACCCUGCUAAGGAUAGCCCUCUACCACCACGCAGAUAUAAGGAAAAGCAUGCGCAGAAAUCCCCACCGAGCCAGCCCCCCAGCCGCCGCCGCUCGCUCCAUCGCACUCUAUCCGACGAGAGCAUCUACCGCGGCCAGCGCCUUCCCUCUCUGACCGACUCCAUGAUGGAAGCGGCACUCGGCGCCGACGUUCUCUUCAGCUGCUCCACUCUCCCGCGCUCCCCCACCACCCGUGGCGUACCCCUUCGACGGCCCUCCUAUAAGCUGGGAGUCAAACUCCAUGGUGACCUCUCAGCAUCUGACACGUCAUUGGUGGAUUUGGUGGAGCGUCAUCGUGGGCCUCUGCCUCAGGAGCUGAUGCCCCUCCCAUCCUCUGAGAGGGACAGCCCACUUAACUGGACACACCUUGUGGAUGUGGCCAACACCUUUGACAGUGAAAGAAACACACACUAUGUCCAGAGAAGUUACGUGUUUGGGGAUUCAAACCACAGAAGCAGCGGUGCCUCCAGUCCUCAGCAGAGUCACAUAGAGCUACAGCCUGCUCCCAUGUCCCGGCCCGCAUCGAGUGAGGGUCACAUAGGACUGGAGAGAAAGGUGACCAAGUUAGAGGCCAUGGUGAAGAUGCUUCAAGAAGACCUGAAGAAGGAGCGUGACGAGAAGGGGCGGCUUCAGGCUCAGAUCAAGAGGCUGUGGGAGGACAACCAGAGGCUUCAGGAAGAGUCUCAGACCUCCGCUGCCAAGCUCAAGAAGUUCACAGAAUGGGUUUUCAAUACCAUUGAUAUGAACUGAUACUCCCGAAGACACAUGAAUGGCAGUCCCAGUAAAAAAAAUCCCACUCUGGUCGCCGAUUGAGUGUAAACAACAGUCACUCAUCUGCCCAUUUGAUUUAUUUAUUUUUAAUUUUUUUUUUUAUUAUUUUUUUUUUUUUUUUUUUUUUAAAUACAGUGACAAGAAAGGGAAUUCACUCGCUCCCUGCAGUCUGAAGGAACAACCGCUUCCACCAGUUAUUAUACGGUGAACAUAAGCCAUUUUCUGACCUGCUGUGAUCCCACAAUGGAUGUGGACUUUCAUCUUUCCUUUUUUUUUUUUUUUUUUUUUUUUUUUUUUUUCAGCUUGGGACAGCUUUUAUGGAAGAUUUUUUUUUUUAGGUGCCAAACCCAACCCGACUGAGGUUAGCUGAGGUAUUCGAACGACCUCAGUGGACUUCCUACAACCCACAAAGAAUGUAACAAUUCUUGCAGUCCCGACCACUUGCUGUUCACUGGAACACACUGCCGCACACCAUAAUGAGCUGCUUGCCCACCAAACUGUGGGGAAGGCUUUUCAUAUCCCCGCAACGGAGAAUGAAGAUGUUUGAGGCUGGAUUUUUAUCUUUUUCCCUGCACAACGCUGAUUGUUCUGAAUGCUCCCCGGGGGCUUAUUGACUAAGCACUGAAGGGAAGCCUAUACAUUUUAUUUUAUUUUUUUUUUUUUUUAAAUGUCAAUGUUAUUGUCUCCGGAAAGUGGGGAGCAGCAACUAAUCCGUGCUCGACAGUACAGACAGCCCCCCCCGACGAUAGGAAUAUAGUUCAAAGCCAUCGGCAGCUGUGCCACGCCAUAACUUCUCGAUUUCUAUCCGGAAUGCUUUAUGUCUUAAAAGCAAUAGGGAGAAGACAUGAGAGAAUUCCCUGGAAAGAUUUUAAAAAGAUACUCUUAAACCCAACACAGCUACUCAUGAGCCUCGACCUCCUCUCCAUUUUAAAGCAGUGAACUUCCUUCUGUGAUAAAGAUGUGGGAGAAGACUCUGGAAGAAUCUGGAAUAGUAGUAAUCUGAAUAUUUUUUUAUUUUUUUUUUGGGGGGGGGAUGGGUGAUAAGUAAUGAAGGGUAUAUUUAUUUCCUUGUACUAUAAUUCCAAUAAAUAAGUUGCUCUAUUCGUACAGUACAACUGACAUCAGUGUUAAGUUCGUCAAGAAGGAGGGGAAAAAACAACUCAGUAACUAUAUAAUUUAAUGGCUUUCUUUCUUAAUCCUGACUAUCUGCAUUUUAAUUCUGUAUUACGUUUCGUGGUGCUCGAGCCUGUUGUCGUGUUGCUUUCGACGCCCGCUAGUGAUGACCAGUGCAACUCAUGGUUCUUCAACAUGUCGCCAGUUCGUUCACUUUGUAUUUUUCCUCUUAGAACACUCGCGUACAAAAACACGGUGGCGCAUCAGAAGCCAGUUUUGACUGACAAUCAAAGGUUGAUGUUUGGAGAAAGGGAGCUGACCUUUAGGUGCGAUUGUUCGGUUUACUUGUAAACUUUCCCUCAGGUGUGUGAACGUGAGGAUGCUUAGACAAUGGUCCAAAGGGUAUUUAACAAAAAAAUUAUCUAUCUUUGGAUACCACAAGGGGAAAAAAAAACUGUGGAGUGCGUGCGUGAAUGUACAUCAGUCUAUGCAGCUGUGCCUACAGUCACUUAAGGGUCAUUUUUCCUCCCAGGAUGAGUAGGGACGUACGUGCCUUUGAAACAACACCUGGGCAACACAUGGAAGCGAAAGACUCCUCUUCAUUCUAACAGUUAAACGUACCUGGUAACACCCACCCACAAAAUCAAUUGCAUGUCACACUAAAGAUAACGUGGUCAGAAAAAAAAAAUGAAAAAGUACAUUACAUCCACAAUUAGUGUUUCUCUGGCAGGAUACAUUGUUUUUUUAUAGUCAUUUCUAGUAUGAAAUGUGUGAGUAAAACAACGCUAAGUGGCCCUAAAAACUAUGUACCCUUUCUAUGAUUUGUACAAAAGCCAGGAAAAUAAACAUCGCCUUAAAAAAAUAAAAAAUUGUGGCUUCUGCCAUAAGACAUUCAACAAACCAGACCUAAAAACAUGACUCCAUUCUACUAUUUUUACAAAAUAUGGUUUGCUUUUUUUUUUUUUAUUUAUUUAUUUUUUUUCAUUCAAUAUUUCUUUUACUCCACUAGGCUUGAAAUCGCAACACCAACAUUAGGACCGAAUUAUCUUGGUAACAAUUAACACAAACAAACACUUAAAGCAGUUUGUGCACAAAAAUUUUGGGCACUGAAUUUAGUCAUAAAAACGGAAGAAGAAAAAAACAGUGCAAUAACAUUACAAUUUAUAGGUGGAUGGUUUUCCAAAAAUAUUAACAUCACUGCCUAAAAAAACAAAACAAAAACUGCAACUACUGCCAAUACACAUUCAGCAAUAGUACUCCAUUCUACUAUAUGUACGAAAUCUUACUCAAGUAUUGCUUUUUUUUUUUGCGUUCUCCAUCUACUAGACAACCAAUACUAGCAGGAGUUUAUCUUAGUCAAAAUGACGCAGCAAGUACAAAAAAAGUCCCAAAUGAGUGUUUAAAAGAUGUCUUGCCACCAAACAUUCGAUAAAUUGUAAUUGCCAUUAUUUCAAAGCGCAAAAGAUUAUUGGCUCUAUUAUUUUCAUUAUAUUAAUAGUGACAACAAAGCUAUAACUGGGGGGGGGGGGGGGGGGGUCACUUUUCCACUGUAGUAGUUAACGAUUGAUUCCUUUUUGCACAAAAUCUAAAUUCUUAUGAGAGGCUCAGGCAUUAAGAGUGUAAACAAGUGUGUGUGUGCCUUUUGCAUUCCAUUCCAUACAGUAUGUACUCAAACAAGCUGUAAUAAACAAUUUUCAUUUACGAUGCAACACGAAUAGCUUAAUAACUAAUUUAUUGCGCUAGGUGUCGGACUGCAACACGAAAGAGUUGUUGCUUACUGACAUAACAUUUAACAAUCCCACUUAGAAUCUCCUUAAGUUGAAUUCACAUUAAUAAUUGACACAUUAUUAUAUAUACAACCUGACUGCACAUGACUCCUUCGCAUGAAUGUAGAAACUAACAGGCCUAAAGUAAUGUGAUGUUUACAUGACAUACAGGUGCAUCUCGAUAAAUUGAAAUAUGAUAGAAAAGUUUAUUUCAGUAAUUCAGCUAAAAAGCGAAGCUCUUAUAUUACAAAGAUUCAGGAAAAUACUUUUCAGAAGACCAAUUUAUAUCUAAUUUCUAUGUUAAAAAUCAUUUGGAGUCUGUAAUAGUUCUUCGAGCUGGUGAAUUUGGGGGUUUUGGUAGCUGAAAGAUAUAAUCCAAAUUCUGGGGGGGAAAAAAAAACAAACUCUGUAGUGAAUUUAAUAAUAAUUUAAAAUGUUUUAAGUGAACUACUGAAACGGUUUACGAGAUGCACCUGUACAUUUAGCUCAGUUCCACUUGUAGAAAUGAGCGAAUCAGAAAUUAAAAAAAUGGUUCUGUUUUAAGAAUCACUAUAUAGAUCAUAGAUGCUAAUUGCUUGCCAAUCUAUCUGUAUUUAAGAUGGCAGCAUGUUAUGAAUUGCUCCAGUCAUCCAAUACUGUGAAACACAAAUUACUCACAAAAAUCAAACACCACUGGCCAAAAAUGUCCUGUCACUUACUCCCCUGAAGAAUUGGCACUGUCCAAAUGGUAAAUGGGUAACAAUCCAUGUUUUGUUGUACAUGCAAAGUGCUGUAGUUUUUGUAUUAUGAAUGAAGAAAGUCUGAGUGAUAAAGUGUGCCGUGCAAAUAUUUUGCUUGCCAGUCCAGUCCAUCAAUCAGUAAAUCCAGUCCAUUUAUGAUUAUUAUUUUUUUGUAUAUGUGUGUCAACGUGAAUUACUCAGACGUUCCAUUUUGUAAAAAACCUUUGCACAUAUUUUUUGUCAAAUAGAUGGAGUUUACAUAUUUUGAAAGAGUGCGGGAAGGAUCCAUCCAUUCUGUGCAAUCUUUGUUAUUGAGAUGUGCUUUGCUGCUCUUUAGUUUUGUUAUUAUUGCAGUUUCUGACCAACAGAGGGAGGUGCUCGACUUUUCUUAUAAAAGGAGAGAGAGGGGGAGUAAAAGGAGAAAAAAAAAAAAAAAAAGGAAAUCCCGGUUAAUUUCGUUCCCAAAGCCGCGCAAGAUGAUCGGACGAACAGGUUUGAAAAGAAUGAAUUCUGGAUUGAUGCUCAUCCCAGCUUGGUCAGCGAUUGCAGUAGUAGGAGGGUUUCGAUGAGUCAUGAUGUGAUGUAUCAUGCAGGACCGUAGAACUUUACAGGAUACAAAAUGCUGUGUAAAUCCUGUGUCUAUUGUUUAUGUAAAAUGUAAAAGUAUGGAAAACAGACAUUUGCAGUGAUCACAGUAUUAAAGUUUCUGAAACAAA